GGCAGCGCGGGCACCGCGGCGCAGACUCGAUUCAACAAGCGAGGCGAUAGCGUUGCGCACUGCGUACGAUAAAACCUUCUAUUGCAAGGAAUAUUAUCAACAAUUAUUGAACAGUUCCCUCCGAAGACGAAAACAGCCCAAGCGACUGCACCACGGUUUAAAGUUGACGCAUUUUCGUCACGGAUUGACGUGCCGGAGCAACGAGCGAGGUGAAGGACAACCCGGAGUUAGGCGAGGUUAGCCAACAACUGGAAAACAUGUCACUGGUGCCGCUGCUGUUCUCCGACUGGUGGGAAGACCUGGACCGGCCUCAUCGCCUGUUCGACCAGCACUUCGGUCUGCCGCUGAACCCCGAAGACCUCUUCGAGGACGCCGCUCCGAACAGUGCGGAGAUUCUGCUUUACCGACCGCAGCGAAGGACGCGGAGGCGUUAUCAUCCGUUCCUGCAACACAAAUCUCUGAGGAGAGGCCGCGGCGCUUCCACCGUGGACGCCCAAAAGGACAAGUUCCAGGUGACCCUGGAUGUCCAGCAGUUCUCGCCGGAAGAGGUCACGGUCAAGGUCGUCGACAAGAACGUCGUCAUCGAGGGCAAACACGAGGAGAAGGAGGACGAACACGGAUGGAUAUCCAGGCAGUUUGUGAGGAAGUACAUGAUCCCCGAGCAAUGCGACGUCGACAAGGUCGAGUCCAGCCUAUCCUCCGAUGGAGUUCUCACCGUCACCGCUCCCAGGAAGGAGGCCCUGAAAGGAGACACCGCGGAGAGACCUAUCAAAAUACAGUACACCGGCCAGCCCGCCGUUACUCAUUACAACGGUCACGUGGAGAACGACGAAAGCCAUAAGGAGGAGGCGCAGACGCAGCGGGAUCAGACGCAACAGAGGACCCAAGGACAACGGGGAAAAAAGGCCGUUAAGACUUAAAUUACAUCAUUUAUUUUGUAUCGUUCCUACAUUCACCCUUAAACGCAUCAUGUACGUGCACCUUAAAUACGCGUUGUCAUGUUCCCGUUCUUGUUCGAAGUCGAGUUAUAAAGCUAAAGCUUUCAGUACAAAAAUUAGUUUGUAAGAUUUUUGUACCGUAUUUAGAGGUUAAUAAACAGUAUUGAUAAGGUAA